AGCGUCGUCUGCGCGGGGGAAACGUACGAUCAACCGCUCUCCCGAGACCCCUCAUCGAAACUCGACUACCUCGCUCUUUUCCACUCCGGCAUUGUCUACCUCUUUCGUCGCCUUCUCCUCUGACGACGGCCCGUCAGUCAAGAGAGCUCGUAAGAGUUCGAGUAGGACUCACACGUAAGUCCCCCCCCACUCCCACCACCUGUGGACGAUUUCUUAUUCCUUGGCCGAUUUAGUGAGUCGCUUCUCUACCAACAAGUUGCCUGACCCGGCACUUCGCGACUUGCUCUGAGUCCUUAUCAGGCCCUCACCUUAUCAGACGCAGUUCAUAAAAGCUUGUCACUAUCCUUAUUUGUGGGGGUUAUGACACACAAUUGUGCGAUCUCUCGCCAACUGGGAUAGGGGCAUCUGGGCGACUUUGAAAUGCAGUGAAUGAAGCGUCUUAUUUGGUAGGUUUGACAUCGCAUGAUGCACCGCAUCGUUGAUUUAUGACAGUUUGACCGUCGCGAACCCUGACAUCCAUCUCUACCCCCACAAGAUGGGUGUUUUGUCAACUUGCUAUUGAGUGAAUCAGGCCUGCGCUAGGUCUACUGCACUCUCGCCUCCCUCACCCACUUUGCUUCCACGACGGAGCAAUGUCAAGACGAUCUAGUUACUAGAACUCAUUCGUUAGCAGAUCACGUCGUCUGUAGAUUUUACACUCGAAGAAAGGGUAUAUGAAGGUUUUGGAAAAUUUGUCUAGCUGCCGAAUAAUUUUGAGCAGCCAGAUCAGCCGUUUAGCGAUUUCAGUCUACAGGGUGUUUACUUUCCGCGUAAGGAAAAUCAUAUAUUCCUCUAUCCCUCUGAGAAGAUACCAUGUACAGCCCAUAGAAUUUAGCAAUGGAUGCGGACCAUGCUGCGUACUUAAUCAGGAGCAUUAAUAAACGGACGCGUAGGAUACUGCGUGAACGGACGCUUCACGGUCUGAAAAAAUCCCACAAUUAGAAACGUUUCAAACCGAAAGGUACUCAUUCUUCGGGCAUAAAGUGCGAGACGAUGUGCAUGUUUUUUAUAAAAUUUACAGUGUGUGACCGAUCUCAUGAAAUGUUGGCUAAAAUUCUGAAAUGCGUUUUCGAUUAGGAAGGAUUACUUGGUUGCGGCUGUGAUACUGAUUAUCUUAAGGCAUACUCUUAUAACAUUUCGGACUCGGCAAGCUGUCGGCUUUUAAAUGCCCUUGUUUUCAAUCUCCUGUAGAAAGCGUACUCGGUAAAAAAUGACUACUUAAGUAGCAUGCAUUUUUCCCAUUGAUUUUCGAUGGUCUUGGAAAUUCAAAUAUUUUAUAGAAACCACAAACGAAAAUAUGCUUCCUUUUAAUCAAUCGAUAGAGAAUCACGUCUUCUUGAUAUUUUAUACUUAAGGAAGGAGUAAAAUCAGGUUUUAAAAAAGUUUUCUAAUUGCCGAUUAAUUUGGAGCCUGAUCGUUCGUUGCAUCAGCGUUUAGUGGGUUCAAUCUAAAAGGUGCAUACUUUCCGCAUAAAGAAAAUCACAUAUUUUUCUAUGUCAUUAAAGAGAUAUCAUACAGAGUCCAUAAAAUUUUGCAACGGAUGCGGACCAUGUAGUACAUUUCGUGAGGAUCAGUGGUAAACGUCCACGUACGAUGCUAUGUGAAUGGACAUUUCGCGGUCUUAAAAGUCUCAUAAUUGGAAACUUUUUUAAAACCUGAUUACACUUCUUCCUUAAGUAUAAAAUAUAAAGAAGACGUGAGUCUCUAUUGAUUGACUAAAAGAAAGCAUAUUUUUGUUCGUGGUUUCUAUAAAAUAUAUUUGAAUUUUCAAGACCAUCGAAAAUCAAUGGAAAAAAUGCAUGCUACUUAAGUAGUCAUUUUUUUACCGAGUACGCUUUCUACAGGAGAUUGAAAACAAGGGCAUUUAAAAGCCGACAACCUGCCGAGUCCGAAGUGUUAUAAGAGUAUGCCACAAGAUAAUCACUAUUGCAACCGCGACCAAGUAAUCCUUCCUAAUCGAAAACGCAUUUCAGAAUUUCAGCCAACAUUUCAUGAGAUCGGUCACUCACUGUAUUUGAAUUUUAUGGGGUACCGAAGGCCAGUGUUUAGAAUGCACACUACUUAAGUAGUCAUUUUUUUACCGAGUGUGGUUUAUAAAUGAGGUCGCAAAGAAGUGCAUUCACAAGCCAACAUUCUGGCGAGUCCGAAAUGCUAUGGGAUUAUACCGCAUAAAAAUUAAUAUUACAACCCCACCUAAGUAGCUUUUUCCUAAUUGAAAGUGUAUGUCAGACUUUCGGCUAACACUUCAUGAGAUCGGUCACUGACUGCAGUUACCACCACACACGUGCCAGGCUUUGUUUAAGGCGGAGGUCUCUCGGAUGUCGGGUUGGUGGUGGUAACUCGGCCGAAUUAUCACGACAGUUGGCAACCUUCCAAAUCAGGAGUUUCAGCGCGUCCCUAUAUGGACUCAAGCAUGUCAGCUUUACUGUAGUGAGGCGUGCGCUGAUUUGCCGUGAGAACGGAUCUCCCAGCAGCAGCAGCAGCAGCAGCAGCAGCAGCAGCAGCAGCAGCAGCAGCAGCAGCAGCAGCAGCAGCAGCAGCAGCAGCAGCAGCAGCAGCAGCAGCAGCAGCAGCAGCAGCAGCAGCAGCAGCAGCAGCAGCAGCAGCAGCAGCAGCAGCAGCAGCGGCAGCAGCAGCAGCAGCAGCAGCAGCGGCAGCAGCAGCAGCAGCAACAACAGCAGCAGCCUCCUAACCCCCACUCUUCCCUCUGCCGCGCCCCUUCGGGUCAAGUCGGUUGGGAAUGA